CAGCACCACACCCCAAGGGUGUGGCAUGUCACAGAGGGAGGCCAGAGGGGCACCAGCCAUGCCAGGAGUGGGGCAGAGCCGGGCUAAGGCCACGCCGCGGUUGCUAGCAGGCACUGACAGGAAGAGGAGCCGCCUGAGCAGGGCAAGGCAGGACCUGUGGGAAGAGACCAACUGGAGCAACAAAAGGUGGAGCAGAGCUGCCCCUAGCCCGCGAGAGGCCAAGGCCAGGAGCCUGGCUUGCGGCAGGAGCGAGGCCAGUCCUGAGAAUGCUGCGCGGGAGCGGAGCCGGGUGAGGACACUGCGCCAGGCAUUCCUGGCCCUGCAGGCCGCUCUGCCUGCCGUGCCGCCCAACACCAAGCUCUCCAAGUUGGACGUGCUGGUGCUGGCCACCAGCUACAUAGCCCACCUCACCCGCACGCUCGGCCACGAGUUGCCUGGCCCAGCCUGGCCACCCUUCCUGCGUGGACUCCGCUACUUACACCCUCUCAAGAAGUGGCCGAUGCGAUCUCGUCUCUAUGCUGGAGGCCUGGGGUGCUCUGGCCUUGACUCCACCACAGCCACCACCUCGGGCCAAAGAACAAAGGAGGCAGAGGUCAAGCCCCCAGUCUCUGGGGAGGCAGCUGCUCUCCUUCCCACCAGGCUACUCUCACCAGCUCUUGGUGACAAAUGAUCAUCACAGUCACUCUUUCCUCCCAGACUGCAACUCGAGGUUAGGGACCUGGAUUCUCUACCAGGCCCUGCCUGUCUUCACUCUGACUCUCACCCAUCGGAUCUGACUGAGCCUCAGCUCCCAGGUUCCAGCACACAGACCAGGCGAAGCAGCGGGCACUUCUGUGAUGGAGAAUACUCAGGAGCACCAGGGAGCAAAUCCUCAUCUUGGUACCCAGGGGAUGACUCCCCAGUGGCUCUUCUGUGGCAGCUACAAGGGAAGUGGGAGAGGAAGGGGUUUGAUUGGGUUGGAAGUUGAGUUAGGGCACCGCCCCUUGCUUUUCUCCCCUAAG